CUCCUUUCUGCACAAGCAACAGUAGGUAACACACGUGAAAAAUAAAAUUUUGAUAUUGUGAUAGAAAUAAUCAUGGUCAAUAGGAAAAAGAAGUAUACAAGCGGCGAAGGUGCCCAGUUCAUGACGAGAAAAUCUGCUUUGAAAAAAUUGCAGCUAUCUCUGAACGAUUUCAGGAAACUUUGCAUAUUGAAGGGCAUUUACCCUAGAGAGCCAAGGAACAGGAAGAGAGCGCAGAAAGGAAAAGCUGGAAUCAGGACCCUCUAUCAUGUCAAAGACAUCCAAUUUUUACUACACGAGCCCAUAGUUUGGCGUUUGAGGGAUUAUAAAAUAUUCAAUAAAAAAGUAGGACGCGCCAGGGCGGUUAAGGAUUUCGAAAAGCUGAACAAGUAUCUCAACAACCACCCGACUCUCAAAUUGGAUCACAUUGUUAAGGAACGAUACCCUACUUUCAUAGAAGCCCUUAAGGACUUGGACGAUUGUUUAACACUGUGCUUCCUAUUCAGUACGUUCCCUUCUCUAGCGCACGUACCCAGAGAUCAGUCGGCUUUAUGCAGACGAUUAACAUUAGAGUUCCUUCACGCUGUAAUAGAGGGCAAACUCCUGCGAAAAGUCUUCGUAUCAAUCAAGGGAUAUUAUUUCCAAGCCGAAAUAAAAGGCCAAACAAUCACUUGGAUUGUUCCCCACCAUUUCUCGUUUACUCCAAUGUCUAAAGCCGAAGUAGACUUUAAGGUCAUGUCUACUUUCGUCGAAUUCUACACCGUUAUGCUGGGAUUCGUGAAUUUCAGAUUGUAUCACGGUUUGAAUUUGUAUUACCCGCCCAAGUUCAGUUGCUUGCAACAGAACAACGAAGAAAAGCAGUUAGUAGACGAAGAUAUAUUCGUCGCAGAAAGGGUAGCAGCCUUGAAUCUACCAGUUUCGAAGACUUCGAACGAACUCGUAGAAGACGAUUUCGAGAUAGAUAAAUUCAACGCGGAUGGCAGCGAAGCAAAUGAAGAACAACAAGAAGAGAUCCGCAAGGAACUGGAGAAAGUUAAGAACUUGAAGAAUUUGUUUAAAGGGCAAAAAUUCUACUUAAACAGAGAAGUGCCCAGGGAACCCCUUGUUUUUGUUAUUAGAUGUUUCGGAGGUGAAGUCUCUUGGGAUAAAACAUUAUUCGUAGGAUCCACUUUCGAUGAAGAUGAUGAAACGAUAACACAUCAAAUAGUCGAUAGGCCAUCUAUGGAGAAACAGUUCAUAUCUAGGUAUUAUAUCCAACCGCAAUGGGUGUUUGAUUCAGUUAAUGCACGAGAUCUUCUGCCUGUACAGAAAUAUUUCAUGGGUGAAGUACUUCCUCCACAUUUAUCUCCGUUUAUUGAUCCAGAAAAGGACCAGGAAUACAUUCCGCCAGAAGCUAGAGCUUUGUAUAAUGAAAAUGAAUUAGAGGAGCAGUUUAAAAAUGAUGAGAAUAAGAAAAACGACGACGAUGAGGAUGAUGAUGAAGAAGAUGAUAAUGAAGAAAAUGAGGAACAAGAAGGCAAUGAUGAUCAAGAAGAUGAGGAAGGUGAAGAAGAUAAUGAAGAAAAUGUGUCUAAGAAACCCAAACUUUCUGUGAGCACUGGAGAAGUUUACAAAGAAAUUCCGUGGGAGAAAUCCAGGCAAGAGAGGCAGGAGUUCCGUCUGAGGGAAAAAAUGAUUAAAAACAAACAUCGCCAUUUGUAUAAAAGCAUGAUGGAAGGAAAACAGAAGAGAGCUAAGGAAAUUUGGUUGUUGCGUAAGAAACGAAGGUUACAUGAUGAAAAGGAAAAGGGACAAAAGGAGAAGAAGAAAAGCGAAAAACCUAAAAAGAAAAUCGUAACAAAUUAAGCAUUUCUUGUAAACGAGUUUGAUAUGUAUAAUAA